AUGAGCGACUCGCUCGACAUUCAAAACCUCUUGCAGACGGGGUACUUCACCUCUUCGCGGGCCAAGAACACAGCCCCGUCCUCGCCAAGACCAGAGGCAGUACGUUUCCCCUCACCUGGCCCGGCCAGAGAGGACCGCAUUCCUCGGUCAAUCAGCUCUGCUCCUCGCUCGAGACAUUCCUACCCACCGGCCCCGAGCGUAGAAGAUGAGGCCGACUCAUUGGCCCGAGAGUAUGGCGUCUCGGGUGCCAGAGAGUCCUCCGAUGAGGAGCCCCAGUCACGGGGUGACAUUGACCAAAACCCCAUCAUCAUGGAAGUGCACGAGUACAACCCUGAACGGCGCUUUGUGAUUCUCAACGAUCCUCCCAAAGCUUCGGAGGCGAGCCCCGAAGCCAAGACCCCCCAAGGCCGAGCCCCCAAGUCACCUAGCCCCGAGGUGAAUGGUUCCACCAAACCGCAGCCUGAUCGACAGCACGGCUCCGGUGCCCCCAAGGAGCACCUUCGCACCAACAGUGAGAGACCCGGCUUUGAGCGGCGCCGAAGCAGGCAGGACCUGCCGCCCAUCGAGACGGAACUUCGUGCGGACCGAGCACCAGAGCAUCAUCGGAGCAAGUCCUCUGCAAGUGCCAGUCGUCCCGACUACUUUUUCCCCCGCCAGACCCGUCCAUACGGCGACCAACUGCUGUCUCCGGAUAUCAUAUCAAGCGGGGCCGGUGGGCGAGAAAAGACCUACCGAGGAUUAGGGCAGUCAUCGAACUCUGGUGGCAGAUCGACCAGUCGCCAAAGCUACCACGAGGGCAGUGCGCGAAGGAGAGACGACAAGUAUUAUUACUACAACGGUCGCGACGCGCCAUCGGCGAGGCGGUCGGAGACGAGCUUCGAGAAUAGGAAGCCAUCGAGGAGGCAAUCGAACGACUGGGUGAGCGACUCGCGAUAUCGCAAGGAGACCUCGUCCAGCCGCGGUGACAGGAGGGAAACCUCACAGUCUUACAGCCGCGGUGAUAUUGACAGACCACCAAAGUCGCCAAUCCUGUCACGGGAACAGAGCCGUUCUAGUGAUGUAAACGGCAAAGAUGCGCAGGCACCGUACACGCCAAAGAAGCCCGUCAUUGUCCAGCAGGAUCGUCCGCCCGUCGGCACUCGACCAGAAAGGAAUGGUGAUGAGGGCGACAGGGCCAGACCACCGUCUCGGACUGGUACUUUUCCGCUCCCAUCGCCGAGCCAAGCAGCAAUCGCCACAGCAGCCGCCGGCGCGACCGCUGCCGCAAUGACACCGCGCGGUUCUGCCACUUUUCCGCUGCCAGGAGCUGAGAGAAGUCGCCCAUCCGAGGCAAAGAUGCCAUUGCCCUAUCCCGACGAUGAUAUAGCGUAUCACGGCCUUGGCAUUGACGACGGGGAGAUCGCGCCGGACCAUAUGGCUGCACCGGUCUCAAUACCCGUUGUAUCGAUGCCCGAGCCGUCUUCAGUCAUUUCAGAUCGACCCAUGGAUCCUUCGAAGACGGUAGGACCUGCGGCGACCCCCAAGGAGCCGACGUGGCAGCCGCCCGCGUUCGACCCCGCCAAAGAUGGCCUGCGUGUCGAUAAUGGCAGACGAAUGGGUUCGUAUCGCAGGUUUUCCGAGAGCAAGGAGCAUGCUGAGUCGGGAGGGCUGCCAGAGUGCCCACGGACAAAGCCUAUAGCUGGGCUAGUGGAUUGGCUCACCUUACCGCGGACCAACUUCAACAUUUGUCCGACAUGCUACGAGACGGUAUUUGCCAGGUCUGAGUUCCGAACUCAGUUCCAGCCUAUGCUCCGACCUACAAGCGAAGCGAUCGCCUGCGAUUUCGGGUCGUCUGCUUGGUAUAGAAUCGCCUGGCUUCUGACUUUGAAGCACAAGACUGCGGACUUGCGACUCCUGCAUCAAGUGGCAAAUGUCGCGACUUCAAUUCGCAACGAGACCUGCCCCGGCAACCGCAAGGCGACGCGUACCUGGCUCACUGUCAUAGACCCAAGCACAAAGCAUCCGGUGCCUGAAUUUGCAGUCUGUUACGAGUGCGCGAGAACGGUCGAGGUCCUUUUACCGAACCUCACUGGCUUGUUUGUUCCCUUGGAACCCAGAUCGGAGCCCUCGAGAGACCUUUGCGCAUUGCACUUCAUGCCAAAGAGGGAGCAAUUUGUGCUGUAUUUUGACGCACUCGAAACAACGUCUGACAAGGCAUUCGUGGACGACAAGGCUCCAGAUGUUGCCAGACUGGCCAAGGAGCUGCAGCAGCUGAGCAUUGGCGGAGACUGCCGCGAAGACAGCCCCGUGGUUGACGGAUACUGGCACAUCAUGCAGUUCCUGCCGCAAUUCACAGUCUGCACCGCUUGCUUCAACGAUACAGUCCAGCCCAAGAUCGAGGAAGGGAGCAGCCUCGCGCAAAACUUUUACAUGAAGCCGCAGAAACUGCCUUCUGCGACCUGCCAGCUGUACUCGACGCGGAUGAGGGAAGUCUUUUUUAAAGCUUGUCGACGAAAGGACCCGGCAUACCUGAAAGAUCGAGUUCUAGAAAGGCGGGACAUCGAGACGGAGAUAUAUGAGAAGCUUCUCAAGCUUGAUAGGUCCAGGAGGAACGACGCCUGGACGGAAGAGCAGGUGGAAAAGUUGGUGAAGGAAUGGCGGCGAUGGGAGUAG